AUGUUGUCUUUAAAACGGGAGUUUAUUGGUCAGCAAGCUAUGUUUACAAAACUCAUUCAAGAUUCAGAUACAGUUACAGAAGUUAGUUAUGAAAUUUCUCGAAUGAUAGCAAAGCGAAGUCGCCCCUUCAAUGAUGGGGAUUUUGUAAAAGAAUGCAUAGAAAUUGCCGCUAAGAAAAUGUAUGCAGCAAAAAAGUUUGAGAAAAUUCAAGUGAAUCGUAUGACUAUCAAAAGACGAAUUAUGUCUUUGUCAGGUAAUAUUGCGGAACAAUUAAAUGAAAAAACUAAGAUCAUUGAAUUUUUUUCAUUAGCACUUGACGAAUCCACUGAUAUUAGUUCCACAGCUGAACUUCUGAUAUUCAUACGAGGUGUUACUCAAGAUUUUGAAGUCUUAGAAGAUUUGGACUUAUCAAAAUUACCGGGAGUUGCAACUGACGGUGCUCCUUCGAUGAUUGGUGUCAAUUCUGGGCUAGUUACUUUGCUGAAAAGGCAUCUGCAAGAAAAAAACAUAAACGCUGAAGAUCGCAUGCAGUUUCACUGCAUUAUACACAAAGAAGCCCUCUGUUCUAAAAAAAUUGAAUUUCAAAAUUUCAUGAAAGUGGUAGUUUCGACUGUAAAUUUCAUAAAAUCACGAGGGCUCAAUCACAGGCAAUUCAAACAAUUCCUUGAUGACAUCGAAAGCGAAUAUGGGGAUUUACUGUAUUAUACAGAAGUAAGGUAA